AUGAAUUAUGAAAAAAUAAUAAAGUGGCUAAAUGACCACGAAGAACAACUCCCUAUUACUGCAACGUGUGGUUAUGUGAAAAAUAUGAUGAUAGCAUCCUUUAAAGAUCUUACAAGUGCAGACGUCCCAUCUGUAUUGCAAAGUAUAUUAAGCAAUCCUCGGAUUCUACUGACCUAUUACCGAGAGAAUGAUGCGUUGGCUAUUGCAACUCUUGUUUCUGGAGCGGCUACAGCCAUCCAUUAUUUGUCGGCUGAAAUAUUCAAGGAUUACAGUCAAGUGGAUCGAGCCUGGUCUAUUUUGCCUAUUCUUUAUGCAUGGCAUUUUACGAUCCAUGACUAUUUGACAAAGGAAGUUUUCAACCCCAGACUUGUAAUUGCAAGCAUUCUCAUCUCUAUAUGGGGUAGUCGCUUAACCUUUAAUUUUGCGAGAAAGGGUGGUUAUUAUCGCGAUGGACAGGAUUAUCGAUACUUGUACAUUAAAGAAAAAAUUGGUGGUGUUUUGAUGGCCAUACUUAAUCUUACUGCUAUCGCGCCCUUCCAAGAUAUUUUGUUGUUGCUCAUCUCUAGUCCCUUAUACAUUGUCUCCAAGGUUUCAAACAAGUCUGUGGCUUUAUCAACAUUUGACUGGAUUAUUGUCUCUUUGCAUCUUAGCUUUUUGCUUAUAGAAGCAGUAGCCGAUGAGCAGCAAUAUGCAUUCCAGACAGCAAAGCAUGCAUUAUUGGAAUACUUGCAACCUUCUCAGCUAAAGGACGAUUAUAAGCAUGGAUUCUUAUGGCACUCUGGGUUAUUUCAAUACAGUCGUCACCCUAAUUUCUUUGCGGAAAUGUCAAUGUGGUGGGUUAUUUAUUUGUUUUCUGUAUCUGCCAUACAAGAGGCCACUGGGAUACUUCAUGUCGGAAGUUUCUUUAAUUGGACAGUCAUUGGUCCCAUUCUAUUAACACUCUUAUUUCAAGGAAGCACUUCACUUACAGAGAGAAUAUCAGCUAGUAAAUACACAGAUUACAAGAUAUAUCAAAAGUGUGUCAACAGGUUUAUUCCUUGGUUUCCUUCUGAUGAGCAGCAUUUGAAGCAAGACUAA